UGGAUUUCAAGACCAUCAGAAAAAAUUAAUAACCCCUGUUUUCUUUAUCCUAUUCAUAUUCAAUCUAAACUUCUAGUAAUUUUAAAUGAACAUGAUUUCAUUAUUGAAGUUAGACAAUUAGAGUCUGAAGUUGGACUGUAUCCAAGUUAUGUUUACUCUUAG